AACUGCGAGCAAAGGUCUACUUAUGCAAAACAGUUAACCCCACAAUUAGCUGACACGCUUCAAACAAUCGAUCAUGGCGUUACUUUUAGCCCACUAGUGAAGGUGCAGAGGCCACUGACACAGAGUAGAUUAACCCCUUCUGGUUAAGAAGAAUUUACUCUGUCCCAUGUGGUCUAUGGUGAAAGAUGCUGAAACUACGAUGAGACCGUAAGACCACUAACCACUUGGGCGAUAUUUGUCACUCACGCAAUGUUUCUUUGUGUAAAGUGGCGUGUUUCAUAGUUCUACAGGAGCUGUUGCUAGUCUGAUCCUCAACUUUUCAUUGUUAAACAACUCAAUACGUGUUAAAGUGUAAAUAUACCACAUAUCGAUUUACUGAACGGUAUAUAUAUUCUAUAUAUAGGUCAACACACUUGUGUUUUCAUUAAGUUACGGAAAAAUCGAUUGUUUUCCUCAGUAUAUGCGUACAACGCAUUAACGGUUGAGACCAAGUUUUAAAAACAAGAUCGAUGUUGUAAUAUAGAAUUACCAUGCUUUACUAGACAAAGUGGAGGGGGAAACGGUCAGUUCAAUCAAUGCCGGUUUGAAAAUUCAGUUUAGUACAAACUCGCAACUGAAAUAGUUGACCAAUUCGCGAUGCCUUAAAAAUGUUGUGCGAAGAAAAAUUUGCGGUCACUCAUAAUUUGUGGGGUGUUAAGGAAGAGACUAAGUCGAAAGCUUGGAAGUCCUUCCCAUCGUGUUGUAAUUUUUGGUUUAGGAGUCGAAAAGUGGUCGACGUAACGCCACCGAAAAUUAGCACACCGAUUGUGGCCGUGGGGUACUUGCACGCAGAUGACUUAACAAAGACUCCCAGUCCAGAGGCGACUCCUGAGCGAAAGUCGAUUUCGCAGCGCAGCGUGCUGGUCCGGCAACCGUUUUCGUCAAGUUCUGAAACAUCCGAGUUAUGUACACCACCGGCGGAACCACAUCUUGCAACGAGUUGCACUCAUAGCCUACAAGAAUCGCCCCUGAAGUCUCCACGUCAGAGUGAAAGCUUCGUAGAAGUGGACAGUCCGAGAUACCACAGCGAGAAUUUUACCGUUAUCGAAGAUAGCGCACCAGAUGUUUUAGAAGAAAAUAAAACGUUUAGUCGUGCGCAAUCGGCACAUUCGCACUUAGACCGUGACAGUUUGAACAUCAUCGAAGAGCUUUAUUCGGCGGAUGCUCGAGUAAAACGCGAGGACUCCUUUGAAACUCACGAUGAGUUUGAAAGUGAUGAAGCCCAUACCUCGCAAGAAACACUUAAGUCUGCACACAAAAAUUAUCCCGAACCGUUUUCUCUACCGAAAACCUUCAUAGAAACCAAACUUUCCAAGUCUGAAAUAAACAUUCAAAUUUCCCCAGAAAUUUUACGCAAAUCGGUGAACUCCGCACCUCCCCUCAAUGACCUUAUUCGCUACGACAAAAAAGAAACCACAGAAUCUACGGUGGAGAUCACCGUCCUUCCUGGCUCCCUCGCGGAGUACACCCCCAAGCACGAAUGCCCAGAAGUGAAAACGCCCAAGCAAAAACCACCACUGACCAGACAGUUUUCGCGUAAGGGCUCCGUCAGGUCAUCGAAGCGCGACACGACUCCCUUCCCCGACUACCUAAACCCAUUCCCAAAGGCGAAGGAUGGAUUUCACGAGACCCUAUCGCAGUUGGAGCAUCCCGAUUGGGAGGUGACCAUGAAAGGGUUACAGGGAAUGGUGAGACUGACCCGACAUCAUCCCGAGAUUCUCGAUUUGAACAUGCACCCAACGUGCGUUGCUCUCGGGAGGCACAUCCGAAAUCUGCGCUCGCAGGUGGCGAGGGCUGCAUCCUUGGCAGCUUCGGAAAUGUUUUCGAAUCAUAAAAAACCCUUAGAAGUGGAGUUGGAAGAAAUCGCCGUUCCGCUCUUGCAUCGAACGGCGGAUACGAAUAAAUUUUUGAGAAGCGACGCGAACGGGGCAUUGGAUAAGAUGUGUCUCCACAUGGCAGCUCCACGUGUCGUGUCGAUUAUCACCACAAAGGGUGCUGUGCACCAAAACGCAAUCGUCCGCUGCGCCGCUGCCCGGCUCCUUUGUUCCUUGACGAAUCGUUUAGGCGCCGAAAAAACGUUUCAACUUCCAAGGGAUACUAGGGAUAAGAUUUUGCAUACCGGCGCGAAUAUGCUGAUGGAAGGGAAUCUGGAUACGAGGAAACACGCGAAGAUGAUGUUUACUAAUCUCCUUGGUCACUCACAAUUUAAUAAAGCAAUGAUGGAGGCGGUCCCCCCUUGCACAAUGCGACAUAUUCAGAAAACGCUCAGAUCUUUGCAAUGAAACUAGAAUUUCUUUUUGUACAAUAAUUGUUAAUUUUGAAGUAAUUGUAGCAUCUGUCAAUUUUUUUUGUACGUUUUAUAACUUUACGUAGACUGUUAACAUUUUUAUGUAGUUUAUAAAAUAUGUAAAUGUAACUACUGUAUCUUCCAAUUAUUUAAAUUAUAGCAAAUC